UAGCAGUUCUAAAGCUUGGGAGCAUUGUGGCCCUCUCAUGCUGCUUCCAGACUCUGCAGGCAUACUUGGAGCUGUGUAUCCCAUCACUGCUGUGAGUAUUGUGUUGCUCUCCAAACAGGGAGGGGAGCAGAGAGCGGGGUUCUGAUUCUGCCUCUCUGUGGACCAGGCUUGGUGCCGAGAUGGGCAAACACUUGCUGCUGCUUGGUCUGCUCCUGUCCCUUCCUUUGAUCACAGCCUGGACUGUUGUCAAUUGCCUAGUGACCGAAGGCUCUCAGCUGCCUCUGGUCUCCCGAUACACCCUGCUGUGCCACUUGGACACCAGCCUGUCCCUCUUUGCCUCAUGCUCCUCAGUGACAAACCUGACACAGGUCUUGGAGACUGUGCCACCGAGUGUGGAGGGGCUCUGUCUCUCUGGUUCCAUUUCUGUCCUGCCCCCGGAUGCCUUCUCCCACUUCCCUGGGCUCAAGGUCCUGGGGCUGAAUCUGCAUUUCACCCAGCUCCUGCCAGGAGCCCUCCGGGGCUUGGAGCAGCUGCGGCGGCUCACCUUCCUAGGCCGCCACACGGAUUUUCUCUAUUUACCCCCUGAUGCCUUUGGCAACUUGAGCUCCCUCCAGUACCUUACUUUCUCGGGUCCCUGCUUGGACGGAAGCUUGGGUGUCCGGCUGCCUCCCGGUCUACAGCUGCUGGCUGUGACACACAGCUGCCUGCAGAAUGUGGGGGUUCUGGCCGACAUUUUCCCAGACCUGGUGCUGGCCUCCUCCUCUGGGGAUGCCUGGGCCCUGGACACAUUGGACUUGUCAUUCAACAAACGGCUGAACAUAACCAGCCCUGGGGCCCUCCCAGGCCUCCAGCUGAGGACUCUGCAUCUGGAUCACACAAAUACGGAGGUAGCUGCUGUGGCUGAACUGGGACUACAGAGGCUGGAUGCCCUGUCUGCGAAGAAAACUGGCAUGGCUCAACUGCCUGUCGGGGUAAUUGCUCACUUUGGGCUGCAAGAGCUGCACUUGGGACUCACUCAGAUAGGGCGCAUAGCUCCCGAGGCUCUGGCUUCCUGCCACAGCCUGAAGAGCUUGGAUCUUAAGAGCAGUCGUCUGAUUGACCUGCCACCAGGCUUCCUGGCCGCCAUGCCCAGUCUUCAGACAUUAAAGCUCACAAUCAACCAACAGCAGAUUGCCAUGCUGUGCAUGAAUGGGACAGGGGCUGAGUCAGGACUGUGGGCCUUGGAUCUGUCUAACAAUGGGCUGUAUACCAUGUUCCCAGACACCUUUUCCUGCUUGCCCCACCUGCGGGAACUGCUACUUCAGGGAAACCAGCUGUUUCACCUGGAUGGCCAGGUGUUCCAGGGCCUGAGGAGGCUGCAGACAUUGGACUUGAGUCGGAAUCCACUGGCAGCCCUGGGCAAGGGCUGGCUGGGAUCGCUACCUGCACUGACCACCCUAAACCUGCUAGACACCCAGAUCGUGCUGAGCUCAGCCUGGGACUUCUGGGGCCCAGAGAGGUUGAACAACUUGAGACUGAGGCUUCUCUCUGGGCCUCCCAGAAUGUUGUCCUUGCCUGUGGGGCUGGCCAGCUUGGAGCUUCAUGCAGUCUCAGGCAUGAAGCCUUGGAAGCUCGUUACUGAUGUCCUUCCAGUCUUACAGACUCUGACCCUAAAAGGCUGGGGACUACAGCUAGGGGUCCAAAAUAUCUCCAAGAUUUUCCCUGCCCUUCAUCAACUCUCCCUGCUUGGCAAUAGCUUGGAGGCCCUCUGCUCGCAGGACACCUCCCAUUUCUUCCUCUGGCAGCUCCCUGGGCUCAAGCAGCUGAAUGUGAAGGGGGACGGGCACAACCUCAGACCCUGCUGCAUCACAGGGCUACCCAGCCUGAGGGAGCUGAAGCUGCAGCUUCUGCAGUCCCGAGCCCGGCCACGCCCAGUGCGGCUUGAGGAGCUGGUGGGUGAGCUGCCGAUGCUGGAGGUGCUGCAGCUGGAACACACGGGGCUGGAGACACUGUCCGCUGCUGCUUUCCAAGGCCUGCGCAGUCUCCAGAUCUUAGUGCUGGGCUGGGAGAAUGGCCUUGUGCUGGAUGGCAGCCUCCAGGAGCAUAGCCCCCAGAUGCCCCAGUACAUGUAUUUUCUGACAUCGUCCUUGGCUUGCCAGUGUGCCAAUGCCUGGGUGGGGCCCUGGCUUGAGCGGUCCCCUAGAACAUACGUGCACAUAACAACACACCAGCUGUGCCAGCCAGAAGCUGGGGGCCACUCCAACAGACCUCUUUUCCCUUUUCUCUGGAGCCACUGCCCCCAGACUUUGGGGCUAGAGCUUUUUUUGGGCAGCUCUGCUCUGCUGCUUCUGCUGAUCUCCUUGGCCUUCCUACAAGCGACCAGGAACUGGAUCGUCUAUCUCAAGGCUUUGUUCAGGGCUUGGCUCCAGGGUCUGAGGGGUCAGAGGAGUGAGGGCAAGAGAUUCCUUUACGACGUGUUCCUGUCACACUGCAGGCAAGACCAGGGCUGGGUGGUGCGGGAGCUGCUGCCUGCUCUGGAGGGCUGCCCUCCGGUUGGCUGGGGCCUGCGUGUCUGCCUCCCUGAGCGCGAUUUUGAGCCAGGCAAGGACGUGGCAGACAAUGUGGCAGACAGCAUGGUGGGCAGCCGGAUCACAAUUUGUGUGCUGAGUCAACAGGCCCUGUGCACACCUCGCUGCCUCCUGGAACUCCGCCUGGCCACAUCCCUCCUGCUGGCUGCCCCCUACCUACCAGCGCUGCUACUGGUCUUCCUGGAGCCUAUCUCCCGCCACCAGCUCCCCCGCUACCACAGGCUAGCCUGGCUGCUCCGCCGAGGAGACUAUCACAUGUGGCCCAGGGAAGAUGAAAGAAAGGAUGACUUCUGGGCUUGGCUGGGGAGGAGGCUGGGGCAGCCCGGGUAAUGGUAGAGUAGGUGCACAGGUGAGGGAGGUGGAGGUAGAUAAAAGCAAGCCAGCUUGGCAGGGAGACAGUGGGCAUAUGUGGGGGUGUGAGACUGAACUCAGCUCCUGGUGGGUGGUAGGGUGCUGCUUGUGCAGGGAGGGUCAAAGGUUGGGAACACAGGCUUUGGGAAGGCUCUGGAGGGUGAAUGAGAACAUUUGGGAGAUGGUACAGUGGCUACGUGGCAUGUGAUGUGAUCUCCAGAUUUCCAAAUUGUCUGUAAAUUUACUGAGACCAUGAAAUGCUCAACUCGAUUGGAUUUUUAUUUUUUUAAUGGAAAUCCACACGAGGCAGAAAGCUAAGGUCCUAGAGUCACAGGAACUGAAGCCCAAGGAAAUAAGAUUGGAAUUCAUGGAAAGUGUAGAGGAGAAGGAAGGGCUCUGAAUAGUCCUAAAAUGUGGGAUGAAGUCCAGGCCAAGUUUGAUCAGAUCUUCACAGGGUAGAGGGACUCCUUUUGCGACCUAGGUUAUAGAAGGGAUUGACAGCUGAGGAUCAAAAAGCUGAGCAGCUGAGACUCUGCCCAGGUGGUAGCAGACUGAUUGCCUGUUCCCUCCAUAAAAACAUAAAGGCAUGUUACAUCUAUCAUCUUGUUUGAUCCUUACAACAACACUGGGAGGAGGAACCCACCCCCCUUGGCACUUCGCACUCUAGCCAUGCUAAACUACUUGUAGCUCCCAGUAUGGCAUUUUAAAAAAUUUUUUACCUCGGGGCCUUUGCACGUGCUGCUCCUUCUCCCAAGAACACCCCUUCCUCUGGGGACCUCCAAUGAGUCCUUUAGCAUUCGGCUCAGACAUAUCGCCGGAAGUCUUCCCUAGUCUCCCAGACUGGGUACGCUGCUGCCUGAGCUCCCACAACUUGCGUCCUGUACUUCCUUUUCUCAGAGUACUGAUCACACUAUACUGUUCCUCUCAUAGGUCUGGAAGCCCUUGGCACAAUGGUUUCCAAAGUAGGGUGCACAAGAUGAUCCACUGGGGUUUAGGAAAAAAAUGUUAUAACUUCUGUUUAUUUUUAUUUUAUCUCACCUUACUCCAGAGCUGGUCUGCCUGCUUUUUAGCCAUAUGUCUUUGGCACAUUACUUAACCUCUCUAUACCUAUUUCCUCUUCUGUACUAGUAUUAUACCCUCCCUCAAAGACUUUUGCUGAGAAUUAAAUGAGUUAAUAUGUAUAAAGCACUGGAAACAUGACAUAAUGCACUGUAAAUGUUCAAUAAAAGUUAGCUAUUGUUAGAGGGUACCAGACAGAACUGGAGAAAAAUGUAGAACAAAAUUCAAACUCACAAAAAAAGACCAGACUUACUGGUCUGAUGGAGGCUGAAGAAACCCUGCGAAUAUGGCCCCUGGACACCUUUUUAACUCAGUACUGAAGUCACUCCUGAGGGUCACCCUUCAGCCAAAGAUCACAUCACAGGAUUGGCAACCAAUGUCAUGAAACAAUAUGUCUCAAUUGUUUAAUGAGAAAUUAAUUUGCUUGUAAAGCUUCACCUAAGGCACAAUAAAACCACCAAACCAAACCCAUUGCCAUCGAGUCAAUUCCAACUCAAAACCACCCUGUAGGACAGAGAAGGAGAUGGUGGAUUUGAACUG